AUGUCGUCCCCCUCCUCCUCGUCCUUCCCCCAACCGGAAAAACACGAAGGCUUCACCCUCGUGGUCUCGGUGACGAUCCAGCCGGACAAGGUCGACGAGUGGCUGGGCCACUUCUGGAAGGCGUUCGACAGGGUCUCGGCCGAGCCCGAGUGCCUCAGCUUCGAGGUCUUCCGCUACCCGGACCAGCCGAACAAGGUCAAGUGGGUGGAGAAUUGGAGCAAGAGCGUGGCGUGGUUCAUGGAGAACCAAAUCUCAAAGGCGUACAUGCAGGCGUACCUCGAAGCGACGGAUCCGCUGUUGAUGGGGGAGAGGGAGAAGGAGGUGUUGGAGAGGUUCGGAGGGAAGUGGGCUCGUGCGCGGGAGGGAGUCUACGACAAGUCGUAUUGA